AUGUUAACUGGGAUGUUUAGUUUUUAGUUCAUGUCUGAAUAUUUGGCCAGGGCUUUGAAGAGAGGGCGCGCCAAAAAGUUUCGUUGCCGUCGUCUCCGCUUUAAAGGUGCCCUCCUCGUGGGCGAAUUUCACCUCGAACGCUUGCCCAGCCUGUAAUGAGGUCUUCUGGCUGCAGCUACAAAUAGCCUGCACUAUGGUGGUUAGAGAAGGAAACCGCGCUAUCUUAAGUCUUCAUCUUGGCUGUAUUGUCUGAAUGUGUCAGCAGGAGUUCUGUUCUGUAGGAGAACCCGACUGAAAGAAGAUGCCAAGGACUCUCCUCACUCUGCUGCUCUGUCAAUACCUCCUAAUUCUCAACAAAAGCUUUAUAAGUGCAGCCCAGGUCAGGCUGGUCAACGGCUCCGGCUGCUGCUCGGGGAGAGUGGAGGUCUAUCACAGCGGCCAGUGGGGGACAGUGUGUGAUGACAGCUGGGACACGAAUGACGCUCAGGUGGUGUGCAGAGCGCUGGACUGUGGAACUGCUGUGUCUGCUCCUGGGAGCGCACACUUCGGCCAGGGGAGUGGAAAGAUCUGGCUGGACGAUGUGUCGUGCUCAGGCAGUGAGUCCUCUCUGACACAGUGCACACACCCGGAAUUUGGAACUCAUAACUGUGGUCAUGGUGAAGAUGCUGGUGUUGUCUGCUCAGGAGCCCAGGUCAGGCUGGUCAACGGCUCCGGCUGCUGCUCGGGGAGAGUGGAGGUCUAUCACAGCGGCCAGUGGGGGACAGUGUGUGAUGACAGCUGGGACACGAAUGACGCUCAGGUGGUGUGCAGAGCGCUGGACUGUGGAACUGCUGUGUCUGCUCCUGGGAGCGCACACUUCGGCCAGGGGAGUGGAAAGAUCUGGCUGGACGAUGUGUCGUGCUCAGGCAGUGAGUCCUCUCUGACACAGUGCACACACCCGGAAUUUGGAACUCAUAACUGUGGUCAUGGUGAAGAUGCUGGUGUUGUCUGCUCAGGUGUUAUUCAGAAGCCCAGCCUGUCCCUGCUGUCCCCUCACCCUGCCUUCAGUCCUGGAGAAGACGUCUCUUUCAGCUGCUCUGCCCCCUCCAGGCUCCACACCAGGAUUGGCUUUGACUUGUACAGGAGCAGUGCAGGGAACCCCACUGUGACCCAGACAGCUGUGUCCCCACAGACCACAGUGGAGCUGAGGGUGUCUGACCUGGACUCCUCACACCAGGGCAGCUACAGCUGUCAGUACAGAGUCCAGGGAAGAGGGCAGAACUUCAGCUCUCCUCGCAGCGACUCCAUAGACAUCACAGUGGUGACUCUGCAGCAGCCAAACAUCUCCCUCAGUGCCCCUGCAGGGAAGGUGACCAGGGGACAAAACCUCACCAUCACCUGCUCCACUGUGCCGCAGUACCCAGGUGGAAUAUUCCAGCUCAAGUUUAUUGGGUCCAAUGGAUCAGUGAUCCAGAUGUCUUCACCAGCUGUCAAUCACUCCGCUUCCUACUCCUUUCCUGCAGUGGAGUUUUCUCACCAAGGGAAUUACAGCUGCCUGUAUGAGACUCAGGUCUCCAGUCGCACAUUCGCCUCCCCUGAGAGUGAACUUCUGCCCCUCACAGUGACAAGCAAAGAGUCCCUGAUCCUCCCAGUAAUCUCUGGGGUGACUGCAGCAGUGCUGCUCCUGGUGUUCCUGUUCAUGGUCUUCCUGGUGUGUAAGAAAAAGAAGAGGAGCCAGGUCCAGAAGAGAGCCAGCAGGACAGCUGUGAUGAAUGCAUACGUGUCGAGCACAGGCAAGACCACUGAAGAUGAGGAUUCGGAAAAUGAUUAUGUGAACGCAGAGGUCUGUUUGGAGAAGCUUGAUCAUGAAGAGGCAGAGGAGGACAACAGGUCAGAUUAUGAGGAAGUGGAAGAGAAGGAGGAGAGCGAGCCCGAUUAUGAAAACGCCAGUCUCCCCAACAGAGAGACAGAGGAAGAAAACGAGUAUGAGAACUUUGGCUGAUAGUACUGCCCAGAAUCUGGAAUUCUGACCUUACAAAUUGUUUGGAACUCGUCUGGAUCUGUAUUAAAUCUAAUGUCGCCCAUCAAUUGCAAUUCACAGGCCUGUUACCUGAGGGUAGAUUUCCAGUGGUGAGAAGCAAGAGGCCAUUGGCAAACUAGAAGGUGACCCUCAGUAACGGCUCUGGGGUUUGGGAUGGACAUGAGUGUCAGUGUGUUGAUUCAAUCCUGGCUGCAGAAGUGCUUCCCUUUCCCAGAGCAGCACCUCUCCUGCCUUCCAUCCCAGCUCCCAGCUGCCUCACAACAGCCCUGAAAUCCGAAUCGCAGUGUGAGCCACAGCCUGGCAGAUCUCACAGUCUCUAAGCUUUGUAUGUUCAAAAGUGAUUUAUCAAUAUUUGUUUAAUUCAUGUCUUUGAAAUAAUUAUAAUUCUCAGGUACACAUUUUAAUUAUUUAAAUGAGAGUAUG